AACGAGGCAGAGGCAGCUACGAUUAAAAUACCCUGGUUUAAACACAGCGGCAACAGCGAAAGAGACGCAGACGCGGUCUCGACGGAGCGCGUGAAUAUUAUAAGAAGGAAAAGGAAAAACCCGUUUAGCCACAAAACGUGUUUCUUCUUCCGGCUGUUUGGACGAUGGACUGAACGGUGCUGAACUGCUGCGACAUCCGAGCGGCUCUCAGUAGUCAGACCAUGAACUACGUGGGGCAGCUGGCAGGUCAGGUCUUCGUGCAGGUGAAGGAGCUGUACAGAGGCCUGAACCCUGCCACCCUGUCUGGCUGUAUUGAUGUCAUUGUGGUGCGUCAGGCCGACGGCUCCCUGCAGUGUUCACCCUUCCAUGUCCGCUUCGGCAAGAUGGGGGUGCUGCGCUCCCGGGAAAAAGUGGUUGACAUAGAGAUUAACGGGGAGCCCGUCAGCCUGCACAUGAAACUGGGAGAGAACGGCGAAGCCUUCUUUGUGACGGAGACUGAGAGCGAUAUGGAAAUGGUGCCGCCUUACCUGGCAACAUCCCCCAUAAUGACCGAUGGCUCAGCUUUGAUGGAAUCCCAGAUAGGAAAAGGUGUGUCUCGUCUGUCUGAGGCUGUAAGUGGGACCUCCAUCCAAUCCCUGGGCCCCUCACAGACCUCUGGAGACAACAGUGUGACAAAGAAGAGGAGGAAGAGGAGGAGAAAGUCCAAACUGGACAGUGUGAAGCGAGAGGACAAUGGGGAGUCGUCAGAUGAGGAUGAGGACAUGUUCCCCAUCGAUAUGAGUUCUGAUGAAGAUGCAGAAACCACAGCUAGCAGAACUAUGUCACGUGACCCUGAGACUAAGCAGGCCAGUGGUGGACAGUGCACAGUAUACUCACAGUGUGAUGAAGACUGGACACACAUGCAAAGCACAAGGAUGGAGCAGACACAUACUCUGCCCAUACCAGCUAAUGAAGGGCUGUCCAUCUCUUGCCCCCAACAAACGUCAGCAUUUCCAUCUACAAUGAGCCGGGGAAAUGGUUCCUUACCUUCUUCCCCCAAGAGUGACUCAGAACUGCUAGUCAAACAGAUGGCCAGGGGGAAGCCAGACAACCCUGAGAUGCUGUGGGCCUGGGGAGAGCUACCUCAUGCUGCCAAGCCUUUGAUCAAGCAGCCUGCGACUGAGCCCAUGGUUGUGACUCCAGCGUCAAUCCCCAUGUCGGACAGCACACACUUCCGGGCCAUCACUGGAGAUGGGAUGGUGGAGCCCCUGGAUGAAAGUCCUUCAGCUCUCAGCCUGAAUGUGCCUGACCUCAGGGCUGGAGAGGCAGCAGCUGCCCCAGUGCCUGCUCCUUCUGAGGAGGUGGAGGUCAUUGGUGCAGCCGCUCACCUCAUCAGUGACCUGGAAGAUGAACCACACAGCCCUGGGAUUCAGACCCUCAGCAAAACUGACUCUCCAUCGAAGAGAAAAGAUAAGAGAAGUCGUCACCUUGGAUCAGAUGGGGUGUAUCUGGAUGAUCUUACAGAGCUGGAGCCUGAAGUAGCAGCUCUCUACUUUCCCAAGAGUGAUGGUGCAAGCUCAUUUAGGGGAGGAGCGGAGCUUAGGAGUGCCAAUCAGUCACCUCAGUCAGUGGGCAGCAGUGGCAUGGACAGCGGAGUGGACAGCUUUUCUGACCAAUUAGGAGACCUGCCUAAUAUUGCCAUUUCCCUGUGUGGAGGUCUAACAGAGAACCAGGAGUUAACUAGAGAGGAAUUUCAGGAGAGAGCAAUAUCUUAUCAGGAGUUUGCUGAUAAUCCGUCUAUUAUAGAUGACCCCAAUCUUGUUGUAAAGAUUGGAACAAAGUAUUACAACUGGAGUACAGCUGCUCCUCUGUUGCUGGCUAUGCAGGUGUUCCAGAAACCCCUGCCAAAGGCUACAGUGGAGGACAUUAUGAAGGAGAAGAUGCCCAAGAAAGGAGGACGCUGGUGGUUCUCAUGGCGUGGGAGGAACAGCAGCUCCAAGUCGGAAUCUGCAGCAGAUCAAGUGGAGACUGGAGAGCAGGCAAUGAUAACAAGCAACAGGUUAAAGGAUGAAUCAUCCUCGAGCGACGAUGACAACAGAGCUACUAAACAGAAAACAACAUGCAGCCAGCAGGAGCCUCUCCUCAGUCCUGGUAACGUCUACUACAGGAAGACCCUGCGCUUGUCCUCGGAGCAGCUCGCCAGUCUGCAGUUAAAAGAGGGCCCCAAUGAUGUGGUCUUUAGUGUUACCACUCAGUACCAGGGUACCUGUCGCUGUGAAGGAACCAUAUAUUUGUGGAACUGGGAUGAUAAAAUUGUGAUUUCAGAUAUAGACGGAACCAUCACCAGAUCAGACACCCUCGGACACAUUCUGCCAACACUGGGCAAAGACUGGACCCAUCAGGGCAUUGCCCGCCUCUACCACAAAGUCAGCCAGAACGGCUAUAAGUUCAUGUACUGCUCUGCGCGGGCGAUCGGAAUGGCUGGCAUGACGAGAGGUUACCUGCACUGGGUAAACGAGAGAGGUACCAUGCUACCUCAGGGUCCUGUUCUCCUCAGUCCUAGCAGCCUGUUCUCCGCCCUACACAGGGAGGUCAUUGAGAAAAAGCCAGAGAAGUUCAAAAUUGAGUGUCUGACAGACAUAAAGAACCUUUUCUAUCCAAACACAGAGCCUUUCUAUGCUGCCUUUGGAAACAGAGCAACUGAUGUGUAUUCAUAUAAGGAGGUGGGAGUGCCCCUGAACCGCAUCUUCACUGUAAACCCUAAAGGAGAGCUCAUCCAAGAACAUGCGAAGACCAACAUAUCCUCGUACGGCCGUCUGUGUGAGGUGGUUGAUCAUGUCUUCCCCCUGCUGAUCAGAGGCAAUACGUCUGACUUCCCCUGCUCAGACACCUACAGCCAGUUCACCUACUGGAGAGAGCAGCUGCCAGAGCUGGACAAGCCAGAUCAGACUGUGGAGACCAGCUGAGGGAAUCGGCACACAGCACGCAUAGUUUUCCCUGUCUGAACAAUAGCAUAUCUCUACCAUGACAAGGCUACGCCUGCCCCCCCCCUUACACACACAAGGAACAUCACUGUUCAGACAUCAUGUCACCCAUUUUACAGGCAAACUACUUUAAUCACUGCAGUGCAACAUACCUUUAAUCUGGUGAUGCCCUACUUCGAAUCCUUAUAAUAGACUGUAACACACUUAUUACACGGAGACAUUCUGCUUUUUUUGUUUUAUUUCAGUAACUGCAAGGAUUUACACUAUAGGGCCAAAAGUAUGUGGACACCUCUCCGAAUCAGUGAGUUCAGGUGUUUUGGCAACACCUAUUUCUAACAGUGUAUAAAAUCAAGCACACGGCCAUGCAGUCUCUACAGACCAACAAGAGCUCAGUGACUUUAAACGUGGCUCUGUCAUAGGACGCCUCCAUCGCCACAAGUCAGUUUGUGAGAUUUCUGCCCUGCUAGAUCUGCUGUACUUUGAACUUUAAGUGUUAUUACUGUGAAAUGGAAGCGUCUAGAAGCAACAACAGCUGGUAGACAAUGCAAAUAAUCACAGAUUGGGGGUGCUGAGUGUUGAAGCAUGUAGCAUUUAAAAAUCACCUAUCCUCGCCACAGAGGUUUAAACUGUCCCUGGAAGCAUCAGCAUGAGAACUGUGCAUUAUGAGCAUCAAGAAAUGGGUGUAUACAGCUGAGCAGCUGCACACGAGCCGAAGAUCACUAUGUGUAAUGCCAGGCGUUGGCCGGAGUGGAGUAAAGCGUGCUGUUACUGGACUCUGGGGCAGUGGAAACGUGUUCUCUUCAGUAAUAAAUCAUGCUUCACUAUCUGGUAGUCAGGUUUGGUGGACUCCACCUCCCAGAAUGCAUAAAGACAACUGUAAUUUUUGUUGGAUGAAGGAUCAUCUGGGGCUGCUUUUCAGGGUUUGGGCCCCUUAGUUCCAGUGAAGGGUGAUGUUAAAGCUACAGCACAAAGACAUUUUACAGUUAUAUACUUCUAACAUCUUUGCAACAGUUUGAGGAAGAACCUUUCCUGUUCCUGCAUGUGCAUACCGAAUGUGCCCUGGCCUUCUCGUCCGAAAUCUUGGGGAAAGCCUUCCCAGAAGAGUGGAGGCUGAUAUUCAUGGUGAGGUGUCCACAUACCUUUGGCCAUGUAGUGUUGUCACCAUGGCGAUUAUAUUUGUUCUCAAACCAACACUAAAACUGCAGCGUCUAUAUAAGGAAAUGAUCGUUUUAUUUGAAAAAAAUAUAUUUUCAGAUACUAACAUUAACCUGAGAAAUGCAUUUUAAAGAUAUUACUGUCAAAAAGUGUAGAGAAACAAACGGUGUGAAGGCAGCAGUGGUCAGUCUCUCAGGUCUAAAAGUAUUUAGAUACUGUAUGUUAUUCAGUCACAUCGCAACAGCUCAUUUCUUUAUGCAGCUCUUUUGCACCUGCUCAGUUACAAACGUGAAGAAAGACGUAAUCAGCUUCGUAAUGGUAUAUUACUUUGUUCUCUCUUGCACAGAGUUGCAUUUUCGCAACGUUUUACUGAAUUUAGAGCACAAUACCGUUCAGAAAUAUUUCUUUUUAAGCUACAUAGCAUUCCUUUAUUUGUGUGUCUGAUAUUAUUUUUUCCUAGGAUUGUACAAAUGAUCAGUCAGCAAACUCAGUACAUCUUUAGACCUGCAAUAGGAAGGAACUCAGGGUCUCCAAGCUGCCCUAAGUUAAUGUUUCUCAGUUCAAAUAAUUCAGGCUAACAGAAAUAAAAGGUAAAUAGUUUAUUUUUUAAAUAACAGUUUAAAAAGCUGAUGUCUAUUACUUAAAACACCUGUACUAGAUUCUUAAUCUAAAGAUGAAAAAGAUGAGCUAAAUAAUCAGAGAUGUUUUAUUUUUGAGAAAUCAGCAUCAGCAAUUGUAUGGUUCAGAAACAUGUUAGGUGUGUAUGGAGAAUGUGUUUUUAUUUUUCUGGUAAGUGUUAAAAGCUGAUGUAUUUAUUGUUCUUGUUGAGUGUAUAAAUAGACGGUUUGAAUGGUUUACAGGGUUGCCAGAUUGCUUUAAUGGUUACCCGCCAAAACAUGCAUUACAUCUAGUAUCAGAAAAAGGUCAGCAUCUUGACCAUUAUACUAACCGCUGAUGUUUUGCUCGUUUUCAGAAAAUAUAUAUAUAUAUAUAUUAAUUUAAAUGCAUCACGCAUGAUAGCACCCAUGAUCCCAUGCAACAAGAAAGGUAAAUAAAUAAUAAAACUGCAAGCAACAAAAGAAGCAUGACUAGUAAAGCUGGUUAAUUGUUGUCUCUUUUGCAAACAAGGGCAACUUUCUCCUCUCAACAGGAGUGAAUAAAAAUAAUGAUGUCGCUCAAAAUUUUGAUAACUGGAUAUGUGAAGGUCUACUCACAUUUCAGCUGUAUUACUCAAUAAUGCUAUUGAUCAACAAUCAAUUAAUGUUAUAUAGCCAAAAAUAAUGACAAACAAGCCCAAUCUGACCAAAAUCCACAGUUUGGCAGGAAACCGCCUAAUCUGGCAACACUGGAAUUGCUUCAGCGGCAGGGCGUUACCUUUAAACUACAAUAUCGCUGCUGACGGAAAAAAAAUCUCGUAUCUCCAUUUUUGUCAUUUAUCAGUUUUUUAGAUGAUUUGAAAAUACCAGCUCUUUACAUUGUGUGUAAAUUUCAUGAACCAUGGUCCAAAAGAAACGGCCCAAAAUGACUUGGAAAAAGUCUGGUUCCAUUGACUUCCAUUAAAAGUAAAGUGUGUUUUUCCUUCUCCUGUAAAGUUACCAUUUUGGAGAUAUGAGGUUUUGUUCAGACUGCAGCGAAACGCUUACAAGCAGAAUUAUUUCAGUUAAACUUUUAUUUUAGCAUGUAAAGCAAUGAGCACCUAUGUUUAGAUGAGUAACCUGGACUGACUGUUUGAGAACAGCUAAUGUUGCAGUGACUUCCUACUUUGAGAAGAACUGUUUCUUAAGUGUUAAAAUAAUGUGGUAUUGAUCAAAGCAACGUUGAAGAUGCAAAUUAUCCUGUUUUGUCAGGGAAAAACAGUCUUUUAUUCUUUCAGUAAAGGAUAAAACAUUGUUUUUUUUCGACCAUGUUGAUAGUAAACCACUACAAACCAUCACACUGUGAAUGACUGAGCUGGAGACUGUUGGUGUCUCUGUGAGAGCAUUUUCUUUGGUCUAGGAACCUUGAGCAGAACCCUGAGCAGAACUGCAGGGUCAUCACUGAGCUCUGGUUACCUGAACUUACAUUGCGAAGCUAAUCUGACUCGUUUAUUAGGACGUUAGUGCUGUUUCUCAUUUCAGCAGCACUGAGUCAGUAAACUGUGUCCUCACUUGUCUCUUCUGUCUCUGUGGAUUCUGAUAUUCUUUCUGUGAAAGAUUUCAUUGCCUAUGUUGGGUUUCUGUGUCAGUUCAGUCUCUGAUAUUAAAAAGAUCACAGUAGUGUUAAACCUUAUGAUGCCACAUCUGGAUCAGUUUAAUAAAAUCUUGCAAUUACAAGAAUCCAGAA